UCUUCACUCUCUCUCAUUAAAGCUUGUAGCUUUAGCACCACUAGCAGCUUUUAAGCUUUCACACUGAUAUGCAACACAAGCACCACAAAUGUCUUCUGAUACCAAAACAGAGCACAUGAACGACCACCUCUCCGAACCCACCUCCAUUUUUGGCCUGAGCCUUUGGGUGGUUCUCGGAGUCUGCGUCGGAGCCGCCUUUGUGCUCGUUCUGGUCCUCAUUUCUCUCUACUUGGCCUCCAAGCGAUCCAAGAACAAGUCUUUACAGACACCCUCAAUCCCUGUCGUCUCCAAGGAGAUCCAGGAGAUCAGGGUCGACCAUGUUCAGGCUUACCCGAACCCGGAACCCGACCCGGCUCCGAGAGUCGAGAGGCAAGCUUUGCUCAAGUCUGCAGAGGAGGAGAGCUCAGUUGGGUAUCAGAAGGUUCACAUUGAUAUAGGGAAGGACCAUAGGAUUAAUUAUCCAUGUGGGAGGUCUUCUUCUUCACAUGGAAGUGGGGAGGCUCAGGUUGCUAUGGUGGGCCCUGAGGUUUCUCACUUGGGUUGGGGACAUUGGUACACUCUGAGAGAGCUUGAGGUGGCAACUAAUGGGUUUGUACAUGAGAAUGUUAUAGGUGAAGGAGGGUAUGGGAUUGUGUACCAUGGUGUUUUGGAAGACAAGACUCAGAUUGCUGUCAAGAACUUGCUCAACAACAAGGGGCAAGCUGAGAAGGAGUUCAAGGUUGAAGUUGAGGUAAUCGGACGAGUUCGACAUAAGAAUUUAGUGAGAUUGCUUGGUUUCUGUGCUGAAGGAGCUCAUAGGAUGCUUGUGUAUGAGUAUGUCAACAAUGGUAACUUAGAACAGUGGAUUCAUGGCGAUGUAGGGCCUGUGAGUCCCCUGACUUGGGAGAUUCGGAUGAACAUCAUAUUGAAAACUGCAAAAGGGUUAUCAUACCUUCAUGAAGGACUGGAACCCAAGGUUAUUCAUCGUGAUAUAAAAUCGAGCAACAUUUUACUUGACAAGCAGUGGAAUGCCAAGGUGUCAGACUUUGGCCUCGCUAAGCUCAUUGGCUCUGAGAGGAGCUAUAUUACAACCCGAGUCAUGGGAACGUUUGGCUAUGUAGCCCCCGAAUAUGCCAGCACGGGCAUGUUGAAUGAGAGAAGUGAUGUGUAUAGCUUUGGGAUUCUUAUCAUGGAGAUAAUAUCGGGGAGGAAUCCAGUAGAUUAUAGCCAGCCUCCAGGAGAGGUGAACUUGGUUGAGUGGCUUAAGAAGAUGGUUGCUAACAGGGAACCAGAGAAGGUUUUGGAUCCUAAGUUAUCUGAGAAACCUCAUUCCAGAGCACUUAAGAGAGCUCUUCUUGUAGCUUUGAAGUGUGUGGACCCAAAUGCACUGAAGCGGCCGAGAAUGGGACAUGUUGUUCAUAUGCUAGAAGCUGAAGAGGAGCAAUUCAAAGAUGAUGGGAGAUCUAUACGGGGACUUGGAGGUUCAGACGCUGACAAUGUGAAGAAUGGGUUGAAGAAAAAGCAAGUAACAGAAUCAGGUGAUAGUAGCGGAUAUGAAAAUGGAAUGCGUGCCGAUAAGAUAAGACAGAGACACGAAGAAGAAAAGUAGUGAAAAUUUUGCCUGAAUGUUGCAGAUCUCAUCCUCAUUCAGAAGGUGGCCAUUGGAUUUGCUGACAAUUCCAGUUACCUGGUGGCUUUUACAUAGGUCCAUUACUCUACAAUGUAUACAGCUUCUGUCAUCAUAUUUAAAAGAACAUCCACCAUAUUAUAGUCUCCUGUAAUUCUACUCACAUUAUACAGCUCACUCUUGUAAGUUAAAUUGAACGAUUUUUCGUAUAUAUCAAAUUCAAGUCAAAAUGAUAGUUCUCUGAA